AUGAAAUAAAAUAGGCAUUUUGCUACAAAAUGUAUAGGCAAAUUAAAAUUAAGCACGCAAUUUAUUAUUAUAGUUUCGAUACAGGUCUUAAUUAUUGUGUCCUAUGUUCUUGCACUCAACUUAAUUCAUCAUUCUCUACUAAUAAAUUAUUUGUCAGAAUUGUCAGAUUAUAUGUUUCAAGAUAACUCAAAUCACCUUUUGUCAAAUAUGAUGGAAGAAUACUUCUAGCAUUUUAAUGAAGUAUUUAAUUUAAAUGGCAACGCUUUGGUGUCAUUUCAUCGAUUAUAUCAUACUUCCAAAAACCAAGUACUAUUACACCCUCUCGACACAAACCCAUUGUUUCAAAUGUAAUAUGGAGGAACAACAAAAAUUCCAGACCCCUUGAGAAUUAUCAAGGGUUAUGGCAAUUAUGACAUUUCCUAUUCCUUCAUGUGUUACUCAAACCUUUCAUCAUUCAAUAACCCUUUGACAUUCGAAGAAAAGGUGGGCCUGAAAGUAGAGGAGUAGCUCCAAGCGGCUGCACAAAUAUUUUAUUAGGGAAAUUUAAUCAACCAAUCCUUCUUAUACUCGUAUAUUAUGAAAGAGAAAUUAAAUUCCAUUUACCCUUGUUUAAAUAGAGACAAAGCAAUUUAUCAAUAUGUGGCUGAAAAACGAGAUUGGUACACUGAGCUGAAAAGAAACUAUGAAAGCAAAUCGCCAUAUGAUAAGUAUCAUUACACAUUUACCCAACCAUAUCUCUUGUACACGGACAAAAAGAUCGGACUUUCCAUGGCACUUCCAAUUGUUGAUAGUAAUUUAGCCUUAAUUGGAGGAGUGGUCUCGAACUUCUUAGGUUCAGAAAUAGUUGAAAUGAUGAAAUCUAAUUCUUUUGGAUUCUAAAUAAUUUAUCUUGUAUCCGAAAAGGGAGUUAUGAUAAUGCAUCCCUAUAAAGUAACAGUGGAACAACUGCCUCUUUUCAUUUAUAAUGAAAGCAUCACUGGCUUCAAUGUGACUGAUUGGGAAUAUAUCUUAAAUCUAAAUUCAGAUUCCUCUUGUCCUAAAUUUGCCAAAAUGUCCUCCCUUCUAAAAUGUAGAUACAACUCCUAUUAUAAUCAAGAGAUGAUUAUAGGUACUCGAGAAAUUCCAGAAUUCAAGAUGAAACUCAUUAUGUUGCUGAGUAGUUCAGAGUACUUAAAAUUCUACGAUGAUUUCUAAUCCAAAAUAGAGAUAAGUUUACAUGAAACAACCAGCAAUAACAUUAUAUGGUUGUUUGUAUCAUGUGUGGUUCUUUGUUUAAUGAUUAUUGUGGUUACAUAAAUAUUAUUUCAUCCAAUUGAAAUCAUAAAAAAAUAGGCGAUCAAUUUAAUUAUUUAACAGAGAAGAAACUAAUAGCAAAUAUCGGAAUUUGCAGAGGUUUGGAUGAGUGAUGAAAUAGUUUCUUUGGUUCAAACUUAUAAGAUUGUGAUGAAUAAAUUGGAAUCAUUAUCAUUAAUAAAAACAAGUGAAUGCAAGUAGUUUGAAGACAUUCAAUAUCCAACCAAACAGUACUCUGUAACUCAGGCUGCAUUUAUGAGAAAUAUUGAUUAAAUCAAACAACAUCAAGAGUUAAGAUUCAGAUGUUUAAAAGAUUUCAGCGGAGGUGAGGAAUUUGAAAAUGCAGCCAUUUCUAUAAUUAAAAGAGUUCUCAAAUAACAAAACACUAAGUUCCUUCUAUAUUGAAUCUUUAAGUAUUUUUAUACACAUUUAUUCUAAUUUCUAAAGAGCA